GACAGAAGUUUAGGAACUGGGGUGAUCAUGUUCCAUGUUCUGCGUCCUCUGUUCAGUACUGGUCUCCUGACCCGAGUUGAUGACAAGAACCAGUCCACAGUUAACGCAAACUACAAACAGGGCGUGUAUGCAGCAGCCAGGUUCGAUGCCAGGGGACGUAAUUCAUCUCAAUGUAGGGGGAUCAAGGUUUUCAACAUCGAGGCACACUCUAUCAUGGAUUCCAGAUUCAUUCUUUACAAGUAUGCUGAGUGGCAGGAUAUCUUCCCAGAUGGAUGAAACUGGUGCAAUUUUUAUAGACCGAGACCCAGUGAUAUUUUCUGUGAUACUGAAUUUCAUGAGAACUAAGGAAGUAGAUUUUGGAAAUGUUGACAUAUCAGCCCUGAGGCAUGAGGCGGAGUAUUUUGGCAUUACCCCCUUAGUGAGGCGGCUAACAUUGUGUGAAGACCUGGACCAGGCCUCCUGUGGUGAUGUAUUAUUCCAUGGAUAUCUAAACCCACCAGAACCACCAGUACCUCCUUCAUCGUCCGAGAAGAAAAGACAUUCCGUUUCUGUUGUUGAUGUUGGGGCAUCAGGUACUUCUGCUACCCAUGCAAGGAGCUCCAGUAACAUGUCACGGAAUGAGGUCCAGAGCCCACGAUCUUCUCGCCCUAUGUCUGACGUGUGUAACCCUCACCAGGCCGGUGAAAUUGGACCAGUCCGUCCAGCUUCAGAGGUUCUGUCCUGCCACUCAGCUAUUGUAAAUAAAGUACACACUCCCCACAAUCAGGUUGAUUCAUUAAAAGCUACAAUGGUGAGAGGUCAUCACAAUUGGCUUUGUGUGGCUUACCCUCAUUUUGUAUGUUGCUUCAGAAUGAAGGACUCGGCGGGCUGGCAGUUGAGAUGGACUAGUCCCUACAUGGAUGACGUUGUAGACAGGGUAGCUAUCAAUGCUAAGGUUUUGAAUCCUGACAACCCGAACAAAAUGGUGGCUGCAGCCAUGGGUAACCUGAUACAGCUGUGGAGUGUAGCAAACGACGGAACCAGCAGGGAGAUCGGAAAGUUCAGUCUGAAUGUGUCAGUAGAUUCCCUGUUCUUUAUUGGAAGUCAAUUAGUGGCCCUGAGUCGGACAGGAAAAGUGGGGGUGUGGCAUGCCAUGACUCAGCACUGGCAGAUCCAAGAUGUCGUUCCAGUUUCAAGCUAUGACACAGCGGGGUCUUUUUUGUUGCUAGGUUGUGAGAAUGGCUCUAUCUAUUACAUAGAUAUGCAGAAAUUCCCCUUGAGGAUGAAGGACAAUGAUCUCCUGGUGACUGAGCUGUACAAGGACCCAUCUGAAGACAUGGUCACUGCUCUCAGUGUUUAUCUCACACCAAAGACAAGUAUCAGUGGUAACUGGAUAGAGAUAGCCUAUGGUACCAGCUCUGGAACAGUGAGAGUGAUUGUCCAACAUCCAGAGACCGUGGGAAGUGGACCUCAGCUAUUCCAGACAUUCACAGUUCACAGGAGUCCAGUCACCAAAGUGAUGCUGUCAGAAAGAAACCUAGUGUCAGUGUGUAGCGAGUACAAUCACGUUAGAACUUGGAGUGUGACCCGCUUUAGAGGAAUGAUCUCCACUCAGCCAGGGUCCACUCCUCUGGCCUCCUUUAAAAUUGUCUCCCUUGAAGAUGUAGACCCAAUUGUCAGCUAUUCCGCAAGCAAUGAUAUUGGUCCCUAUGGUGAGCAGGAUGAUCAGCAGGUGUUCAUUCAGAAAGUUGUACCAGAAACGAAUCAGCUCUUCAUCAGACUCUCAUCGAAUGGACAGAGGGUCUGUGUCGUAAAGUCAGUGGAUAAUUGCAAUAUCAGUGCUUUCUGUGUUCAUGAAUGUGAAGGCUCAAACCGCAUGGGUUCUAGACCUCGAAGAUACCUCUUCACAGGACAUUCCAAUGGUGCCAUUCAGAUGUGGGAUUUAACUACAGCUCUAGAUAAAAUGGUUAAAAUUGAUCAAGGCAUAGUAAAGGAAGGUGGACCGACUGCUAAAGAACUGGUCAAACUUCUGGAGCAGUGUGACCUUUCUUCGUCAAGGUCACCCACUCCCUGUGUCAGUCCGUCACCCUCUGUGUUAAACAUUGCUCCAUCUCAACCAGGAUCAACGGGUCCCUGGAUAAUGCAGUCAGAAAGAGACAAUGUUGGAGAAGGGGCCACAGGAGGGGAUUACAUGGAAACCGUGGAAACUGACACACAGGUCACUCGGAUAUAAACACGAAUCCAAAAAUAUUGAAGACUCAUUCAUGAUUGUGAUAAAUUGAGUUGCACGAAUAUGAUUACGGCAGUAAACGAGACAUUUUCUGUUUCACAUUACCCAUGAUUUUGCUUUCUGAUACUUUCUUGUGGCAUUGUUAACUUGCCAUUAUAAUGGACUUCUACAGAUCUGCUUGUCAUUGUUAUGAACAUUGUUUUGAAUUUUCCAUUUGAAAUACACUUUGUUCAGUUCAUUAUUUUAUUGUGAAUUGCAUCCUCAGAUACUCGUGUUUGAUUUCGUCUCUCUGAAUAGGGAAACUAAAUUAACCAUGGGUAUCCCACAUUCGGUGGAUUGUAGAGUAGGAAAUUUGAGUGGAUGAUCAAAGAAUUCCUAUUCACAUUUAUUUUAACUGUGUAUGAAAUUUUUCAGAAAAGUAUACAAUUGUGUUGAGAGGCAUAAUUUUUUUUCUCUCAAACGUAACACUGUGAUGUUAUAUUUUUUGCUGUAACUAUUUUUUACAAAAUUUGUUGUUACAUCAUUGUUUGUAAAUACCUGUUAUUCCAUAUUAAAUGGCUAUACAAUAAAAA